GUGGGAAACAACUGCAGAGAACAAGAUGGCGGAGCAAACAUUACAGCACGAUAAUUAUUUUAUAAGAGACGUUGAGAAAAACGACGGAUCUGUCUUGAAAAUCAAACAGUGCUUUAAAGGAGACGUGGGCUGUGUGGUGUGGGAUGCAGCAAUCGUGCUGUCAAAAUAUUUAGAAACUAAACCGUUUUAUGAUCCUGGCUCGGGUGUGAACAUGUGGGCUAACAAAACAAUUAUUGAGUUAGGAGCAGGAACAGGAGUAGUGGGCCUUAUGGCAGCAUCUUUGGGAGCUCAGGUUACUGUGACAGACCUCGAGGACCUGCAGUCUCUACUCCAAGUCAAUAUCCAAGACAACCAGGCACUUGUCAGCAGUGGAUCCAUCACAGCCAAGGUACUAAAAUGGGGUGAAAAUGUGUCAGAGUUUCUACCACACCCACAUUUUAUCCUGAUGGCGGACUGUAUCUAUUAUGAACAGUCUGUGAAGCCACUGGUGGAAACCAUGAAACACCUGGUUGGACCAGAGACCAGCAUCAUAUGCUGCUAUGAACAACGCACAGUGGGUGUCAACCCCAAAGUGGAGAAGCAAUUUUUUGAGUUGCUGCUACAAGACUUCCAGUCUGCGGAGAUCCCUUUGGACAAGCAGGACCCAGAGUAUAACAGUCCUGACAUCCGCAUCCUUCACAUUCGCAGAGCUGUCUGAGUGAAUGAGUGAGUGUCUGUGGAUAUGUGGUUGUCAGGGUUGUGUUAUACAAAUAAUUGAAUUGCACUCCUAAGGAGAAAUGUCAUGUACAGUUCACCUGACGGGAAUUUAAAUGGGAUGGACCCCAGGGGAGAGCACUAAUAUUGAAAGAACUCAUUUGAAAAUCCUUCCUCGAAAUAUCCAUGUUGUCUUAGUUUGGACUAUGAGUUUUACCAGACUGUGAUACUCAUUGCACCAUGAUUCUAAAACAAUUCCCAGCUAAUUAGAGGUAGACUCCGCGAUAUGACUUAGGUGCACAAAGUAAACAAACAGCAUAGUGGAUAAAUUUCCGCAGCAACUGGAAGUGUUGAAGCGUGAGGCUAACUUCUUAGCUGUUUUGGUCCCGUACCUACCGCUCUCUAACAGCGAGAAGCAAACUCCUACACGUGCAGAUACUGUGUGUGACUGUUUGAGCGAAGUCUUGCAUCUCGCUCAUCGCAAUUCCUGCGGUGCUGAUCGUGGCAAAGUAAUUUCGCUGAGUCUACCGUUGAAAAGGAAAAUAAAACAUUAUCCUACAGAACAUGUUUUUCUCAUUGCAGUAUUUAACUGUUGGAACACAUUUGUGGGAUGAUUCAUUUUUAAUAAAAGUUCAUGAAAUAAAGGAA